GCCGCACGUCAGAGUCGAGGCGGAAGCGGAAGGCAAGCAGUGGGCGCUGAAACAUGGCGUGCACAUACACAGUCAGGAUGACAGCCGGCGCGUGUGUGUUUUCUGCGCUUAUUUCAACAUGUGUGAUGCUGCAGCCCGCGUCGGCUAAGACGGCCAAUUUAAGAGUAAUCACAGAUGGAAACUGGGAGGAAAUCCUGACGGGAGAAUGGAUGAUCGAGUUCUUUGCUCCGUGGUGUCCAGCCUGCCAGCAGCUCCAGUCUGUGUGGAAUGAGUUUGCAGAAUGGGGAGAAGAUUUGGGAGUGAAUAUUGCCAAAGUGGACGUCACCGAGCAGCCAGGUUUGAGCGGGAGGUUUAUCAUCACAGCUCUCCCAACUAUAUACCACUGUAAAGAUGGUGUGUUUCGGCGGUAUCAAGGAGCCCGAUCUAAAGAUGACUUCCUGAGCUUCAUUGAUGAGAAGAAAUGGCAGAGCAUAGAGCCGGUCUCUUCAUGGUUUGGCCCCUCAUCCUUCCUGAUGAACGCAAUGUCAGCCCUCUUCAAGUUAUCCAUGUUCAUCAGGCAUUGCCAUAAUUACCUGACGGAGCAGCUGGGAGUCCCGGUUUGGGGCUCGUAUGGGAUAUUUGCUCUAGCGACACUCGUCUCAGGAUUGGUCCUUGGAUUGAUACUGGUUUUCAUCGCAGAUUUUGUGUUCCCAUCGCGGCGGUUUGCACCAGAUUAUCACUACAGGAAACUGCCUGCUGGGCAGGCACGUCUCCUGCAGCAGUUGGAAGACGAACAGGAAGCAGACGGAGAGGAAGAGGAUGAUGACGAUGAUUACGGUGGAAAGACUGAAGAGUGGCGGCGAGCGGACGGAGCCGAUGCGCUCAGGAGAAGAGGUGUGGGUGUGCCGGAGGAGGACACCUAGUGGACUGGAGAGGAACUGCUUCUCGCUCACUGUGCACAAAACCACCACACAAACCACAACGCUACGGCACGCCCCGGCAGCGCUCAUUGAGCUUGAAGAUGUCACGUGUGAUGUCAUAGCUCCCUCUGAAAGAUUGAUGUGGUUGUGCUUUUCUCUCUUACUUGCCGCUGGUUUGUGUGUUUUCUCUUUUCCACCUGUCCAUUUUUAAUUAUUACACUCCUUGCUAUGCAGUAUCUCUAGAGUGUGUGUGUGUGUGUGUGUGUGUGUGUGUGUGUGUGUGUGUGUGUGUGUGUGUGUCGGACGAAAAUUAGGACUUACUUUAAGGAAUUUCACGACUCACAGUUGCAAUAUUCCCCAAACAAAUACUGAGCAAAAUAACCAAGAUCAAACCACAACAUCACUGUGAAUCUGUUGUAGUAAAUGAGGCUUUUGGGAAUAUAAAAGAUUUUUGUGCUUUACUUUGUAAAUAUUUUAUUAUUUGAGCUUUUUGGUUGCCUGUUAUAUAAAGCCAGAAUGUUCAAUUCGCUGUUUUAAACGUUUUUUCCUCCAUGUAGAGUUUAGUUUCUUUCUGUUUCGUUCGUUUAGUUUUUGUGUUAUUGAAGUUUUGGAAAACUAUAAAAUGCCUGAAUUAGCACUUGUUUAUUAAUGCGUGUAUGUGUGAUGAUUGAUUUAUUAUUUGACACUGAAAGAACUUUCAUUAGUUCAUGUAACAGGCCAUGAUUUGUGUUCUCAUGAUUUGCUUUAAAUGAGUUUUUCUCAUUUUCCAUACCCUGUUUCUUUAAAUUUAGUUUGACGCAUAGGGAUAUGUGACUAAUUAGAGCUGGCGUGUUAUGUUAUGUUUCAGGUAAUUCUGUGUUUCAAUGAAUUUUAGGAUGCGUCUUGGUCUUCCAACUUUUUUUGGAUGCGGUUUAUUUGUUCCCCUUUUAGUUGUAAUAGUUUUCUUCUUAUCCUUCCUAUAUAGUUUGACCUCUGACAUUUGACUGAUCCACUAGAAUUAAAGUGCUUCUCAAUGUGUUCUGCUCAUUUCUCCAAAGCAGAACAAUUCUAAUGUGUGAAUGUCUGUAUUUACAACUGUAUUGCUUAAAGUGUGUGUAUGUGUGUGAGAGACUGGUUUUGGAAUGUUUCUGUAUUUGAGAUGGUGUGAAUCUGAACUGUUAAUAAACAGUUUAAAGCUG